AUGAUCUCUCAUCCUCGAAAGGUUCUCUUCGCCCCAUUGUCAGCAUUUGCACUCGCGCUUUCCAUUAUCCCCUGUGCUGUUGCUAGUCCGACAUCUACAGCAGAUGAGCUGGAGGCCGAGGGUGCCGCCCUCUACGACUUUCGGAAUGAUGUGGAGUCUGCUUUCUCGGCACUUGCAACUGAACUGGCUCUGAUUGGAGGGGGAUUCUCACCGCCAGGCUUGGAGCCAAUCGGCAACAAUCUCUUCGCGGCUGGCAACGAACUGAGAUUACUCAAUUUUUCCAAUGCCGCGAACGCGAUGGAGGUCGAAGGUGCUGCCCUUUAUGGGUUCAGGAAUGACGUCGAAGAUGGAUUCUCGGCACUUGCAACUGAAAUAGCGCUGCUUGGCGGGGGCUUCUCACCACCAGGCUUGGAGCCAAUCGGCAACAAUCUGUUCGCGGCUGGCAACGAACUGGGCUUACUCAACUUUUCCGAUGCCGCGAACGCGAUGGAGGCCGAAGGUGCCGCCCUCUAUGGUUUCAGAAAUGACGUGGAAAACGCUUUCUCGGCACUUGCAACCGAAAUAGCGCUGCUUGGUGGGGGAUUCUCACCGCCAGGUUUGGAGCCAAUCGGCAAUAAUCUUUUCGCUGCCGGUGAAGAGCUACGCUCAGUACCCGAACCGGGAACUCUCGUUCUAGCCUUUACAGGACUCGCAUUCCUGUUAGUGGUUUGCCGUGGUAAGCGCUGCAAGAGUUUCACGCUCUUUCAGAACUCCCUCAGACGGCUCUCAGGUUUCUUCACCGAAGCCUAUAUCCAAAACGACGGAACAGCCGUCGUCGGCAAUGGCGACUAUGCGGAGACCUCCUACCUCUACCUCGGGUCUACCAGUGCUGCUGGCCACCUUGUAAUUCAGUCGAGUAAUUCGGGAGCGGACCUGAUAGUCCAUGAUCAAAUGUCGCUGCAGGGCGGAUCGACCCUGUCCCUAACCGGAGACUACUCAAAUCUAUCUGUUUCAUACGACGUGUCGGUUUCAUCCGGCAGCUCGAUAUCACAAACCGGCGGUUUCUUCGAUGCCUCCUCCUCACCGUACUUCGAUCUAAGCGGAGAGUACCUCCUGCAGGGCGGAUCUUUGUGGGCUUCGAGAGUCAGUGUUGAAGGAGAACUUCGACAGUCCGGAGGUUACUUCGACGCGUAUGAGCUGUCAGGGGGAGGACUUGUCGAAGUCAGCGGGGGGAAUGCGUACGUCCAAAACUUGAACGAUGCCUAUGGGGGCAUCGAGGUCCGCGGGGGAUCGGUAGAUAUGGCCGGCGAGUGGGUCAACUCGAAUGUCGCCGUGUACGAUGGUGACCUUGAGCUCUCCGCCAACAAUUUUUGGUCGUACAACAGUUCGCUCACAAUCGAGGGUGGUACGGUUGGAACAGCCAGCGCACCGGACCUCAUCCUUGAUAGCUCCAACAUAAAUCUCGAUGGUGGCGUUCUAAAUCUCACCAACCUGGACCUCUUCGAAUCGACCUACCAGCAAUCGUCUUAUCUAGGCAAUACCCCGAGUGCUGUGAUUCAGUCGGUGCAAAUUUACGGUUCCAACUCAAGCUUUUCCGUGGACGGGGGCGAGCUAUCGAUUGAUUACCUACUGGGCGACUAUUCUUCCCAGACAUCGGCAGACAUCUACGGAGGCGAUGUCAGUGUCAGCCAUGCAGAAAACCUGACCAUCAAUCAAUCUGGUGGAACGCUUGCGAUUGACAAUUCCGCAGGUGGAGAUCUCUGGAUCUAUGGAGACUUCGGCACACUGGCAAUCGGCGACGCAAUGGACGAUGGCGAGGUUAUUAGCACCCUCAACAUCGCUGGCGGGCUGUUGCAAAACCAAAUCAACCUGGACCUCGGUGGUGAUCAGGUGUCCGAGUACGAUCAGAUCUUGGUCGACCAAUUUUAUGAAUACAACGGAGGGGGCACAUUGAGCGAAGUGGAGCUAUUCUCGCUAGCUAUCCUCGAAGUCGAUUUCGUCAAUGGGUUUCAGCCGGAGAUCGGUGACCAGUUCACGAUCGUAGCCAACGACACGAAUCUGCCGAUUGCGGCGACUAACAGCUUCGCUUCCCCCCACGAUCCGCUGGUGCCGUUGGCCGACGGUGACAUCAUCAGCAGCGGAUACGCCGACUACCUGAUCUCCUUCAACGCAGGCUCCAGUGGCAACGGAAUUGUUCUGACUGUGGUCAGUGUUCCAGAACCCAGCGGAGCAAUCUUGAUGUUAGGGGGUGGCGGGCUCUUGCUGUGCGGUUUGGCCAGUAGAAGGAGAAAACGAAAGAAGGCUACCUAUUAG